GGGAAAACGAACUCAGAAUUUAUAAAUAUGACGGUAGGUCUUGCAGACCGCUUCUAGUUAUUGAAUUUCGUCUGUGUUUGGAACAUCUUAUGUGUUAAAAUGAAGCUUAGCAUAGUGCUAUUUUUUGGGCUUGUGUGCUUGAUAGCGCUAUGCAGUGGAAGGCCUGCGGACGAAGGAAAUGGUGACUAUGAUGAUUACGCCGAUGAACCAGCUCCCCCACCACCGAAGAAAUCACCAGUGGCUUCCAGGGGAUCGCUUCUGAACAGACGAAAUCCUUUGACCUCCAGAAACGCAAAAACAAGUUCUACCACAGCAGCACCUCCACCACCAGAGGAAGAAGAACCAGUUGAGGAGGAAGGCGAAGAAGUUGAGGAGCAGCCAGUUGAACAACCAAGUUCCACCACUGAAACUUCAAAGAAAUUCCUCAAAGCAGGCGUCGUCAGGCCUUUCAGAAGUAACGAUGAUCUUUUAGCAACUUUGAAAAGAAGAAGAGAACAAGCUGCUUUAAACAAGCACAGUAAACCAGUUAACCAUGAAGCAGAGGAGAGUGCACCAUCAGAAGAAAAAGCAGCUGCACCUUCGAAGAACAAAUCUAAUGGUCGAAAGCGGUUCAAUGCUCCCAAAAAAGAACAACCAGCGAAUGACGAAGACAAAGAAGACGCCCCAGCACCUUCGUCUUCUAGGUCAGGCAGAAGAUUCAGUCCUAGAAGUUAGGUAGAGAAUGGGUAGCGAAGUUUUGAAAGAAAUUUCAGGAGAUCUUACAUGUUUGAUGGCUGUUCAAACCUCAUGUUCGUUGGUCAGCUCUCAUUAAUGUAUCUUAGCACCUUCAUGUAUAUAAAUCUAGGGAUACGCAAAUAUAUUAUAAUUCAUAAUGGAUAUUCGAUGAUUUCGAGCUUUUGCUUCACAUUGGCAAGAAAGAAUCAGCAACAUUAAAACCGUUUCCUUCUAUAAGUUGUAUGGCAUGCAUGGUUGUUUGAAAAGAAAGUGUACUGUUAGUAAUUAUGUAUUUUUUAAAUUAUUGUAACUUCGGUCUGAUAUUUUGACAAAUAAUAUUGUAAAUACAUGAGAAAUAAAUUGGAUUUUCGAAGUU